AUGAAAGGCUUGAGGACCAUCACAUUAACUUAUGUACUCACCUUUUUGCUACUGGCGUCGUUUAUCUCACAGACCUGCAGCGCACCGAAGGGCUCUUUCCAACGGAGAAACUGGACGCCGCAGGCUAUGCUGUACCUCAAGGGAACUCAGGGGCGCAGGUUCAUCUCAGAAGACCGAAAAGAAGGCGAUGUCUAUGACACAUUACACUUAGAGACCCGUAGUCAGAACACAGAGAAGCUGAGCGUGGAUCAGGCAGCCACCGUCCUGCUCAACUUCCUGCAGCAAGCCAGAGAGGGAGCUGAUGAAAACCCAGAUGAGGUGUAUUUACAGGAGCUGCCGGUGUGGAAGAGAGAAUAUUUCUGGUAGUCUUUCAUACAUUUGUAAAUCUGCC